GACUUGAAAAUGUAGUCUGCUGUUGCCUCCUUUAAAGAACGAGUUGUGCGGGCGGUCGCCUGAAACAGUGAACCAACUGUUAUGGGGAGCUAGGCGUUGAAAAAAAUGUUCCAGAAUUUUAAACCGCGAGAAGAAGUCGGAUAUAUGUAAUGUAUAGGUUAGGCGUCUGUAUACAAGCUGUAUCUCAGCAAAACGGUAUGCCCUCAAUUGUUGGAGAGUUAAAGUGCUGUUUUGGUUCUUCACUUUUCUUUCCAAAUCAAGACUGAUGACAGUAGAUAACUGUGGUAAGGACCUAGGGCAGGCGUGUCGGGUAGACGUCGUCAACAGAGGUAUGGAUGACCAUGGAUGUCAAAGUACCCCUCAUCGUCGCACAAGACGGUCAUCUAAGAGCAAAGCCCCCGCGCCUCCGCCGGCUGUGAAAGGCCUUGAUGGUCCGCCGCUCUCCCCCGCUUCACCCGGCUACCAGCGCACGGCCAUGGAACAGCAAGACAACCCCCUGGAGCAGGACCUGACCCUGGUGGUGGUGUUGCCCGAGGGUGUGGAGAAUACCACGGUGGUGCACGGCAGCAAGCCCAUGAUGGACUUGUUAGUGACGCUGUGCGCCAAGUACCACCUGAACCCAUCUGGACACACCAUCGAGCUGGUCUCCAAGAACCGGAACCACAUCAAGUUCAAGCCCAGCGCUUUGAUAGGGACCCUGGAGGCCGAGAAGAUCCUGCUCAAGCCCAAGGGGGUGAUGGAGGAGAGGAACAAAAAGGCCGGCUCUCAAAUGCCCGAGGCAACUGUCCGACUGGUCAUAAACUACAAGAAAACGCAGAAGACCAUUCUCCGAGUCAAUCCCAAGAUCCCGCUCAACGAGCUCCUUCCAGCCAUUUGUGAGAAAUGUGAGUUCGACACAACGACGACAAUCUUGCUGAGGAACGUGCAGUCGGACGAGCCUCUAGACCUGACCAACUCCCUCAACGAUUUCAGCAUCCGGGAAGUCUAUGCAAGGGAUACAGAAGCCACUAGUCCAACGGAUCUCCCUCCCUCACCCACUCAUUCAGACACACUCUGUCUGUCGGCCAGGAAGGACAAGAGUCAGAAAGAGAGAGAAAAUAAAGAAAACAAGGGAUUGUUCAGCCUUUUCAGAAAAAGUCGGAAGAAGUCUGAUCAGCCAAUGACGGCGAGCGCCCCUGCGUCCCCAAUCCUGAGGAAGCCGAGGCCGGUCAGUAUGUGUGCUCUCCCGUCGCACACGUCCAGCUUCAACUCCAACACCAUGCCGUCGGACAUGCCAAAGAAGCGAAGGGCGCCCUUGCCCCCCGCCAUGAUGUCACCUGAAGACACCCCUGACUUUGGGACAGAUCAGCAGGCCAAGCCCCAGUCUCCCACCCAGCCUGAUGGCCAUCAGGAUUUUCCCUCCGGGAGUCGAGCGUCCCCCUCCGAGUCCUCGCUGAAGAGAACCAAGCGGAAGGCGCCUCCUCCCCCCACCUCCACACCCAGCCCCUCUCCGCCUGAGGAGGCUCCACAGGAGAGGAGUCUGACAGGAGUUCCAUUGCCAGCCACUCUGGAGGAGAUUCGGGAACAGGAGGAGUCCCUGGCGCCCGCUUCCCCCCAGGAAGAGCCAGGUGAGUCAGGGUCUCCUCUGCCCCGGGCCUCCACUGCUCAGAGCGACACCCAGGGAGACGACAGCAGCCUCAACCUGUCCGCCGACAUCUCCAUGGACUCCGGGCGGGCCGAGGCGUCCUCGCCGACCCACGACGCCGACAUGCUGAGCCUCUCGGCAUACGAGGAUGCGGGGGGAGAUCAGGCGUGUGAUCUGUCCUCACAUGGCAAACUAGCAGGCAGCUUGACGAGCAGCGAGGAGUAUGCCAGUCAAACGCUAAGCGCAGAGGCCCAGGUUGCCCCCGAGGGCGAAGAUGACGACAGUGGUGCAGACCCAGCACUAGAGAGCAGUGAGCGGGCUGCCUCACCAGCUCAGGAAGCCACAGCGGCCGAGGACGUUCCUGGAGGCGUCGCUGAGCUAAGCCGCUCACCUGAGGCUUCUGGCUCUCUGCGGCCCCCGCCUGACAGCACGCAGCUCCGGGCAGCAGAGGAGCCCGCGUUAGAGAGUGAACCGGACCGACCCGGCAGCAGAGCAGCCAGCUCUCUGGAAGAAUCUACGCAGGGUGAGAUGAGUUGCACGUCUUCCCCCGAAGCUCAGGCCGGCACCCCUGGGGUUUCAUCCACGCCUGAGCCCCAGCCGACGCCACCGCUGUCAGCUGGACUGAAGAGAGACAUGGUCACGUCUACUGAGGAACCUAACAGCCCGGGGAGUCAGGAGGCUCUGUCUCCUGCUACGGAUCGCCCCACGCCUAGCCCUACCCAGACCCCUGCCCCUAAUCCUGCUGUGGCUCUUGCCCCAGCGCCCACGCCUAGCCCUACCCAGACCCCUGCCCCUAAUCCUGCUGUGGCUCUUGCCCCGGCGCCCACGCCUAGCCCUACCCAAACCCCUGUCCCUGAUCCUGCUGUGGCUCUUGCCCCGGCGCUUGCUACAGUCAAAGGGGGCCCAGUGUAUGUCACCGACUCCAAGCCCAAACCAAAGCCUUCCAACGAAGUGACUCGGGACUAUAUCCCCAAGCUGGGCAUGACCACCUACACCAUAGUGCCUCAGAAGUCCCUGGAGAAGCUGCGCUACUUUGAGGUGGAGCUGACGCUGGAGGCGCCGCACGUGGCCACCGAGGCCGAGGUCAGCGUGGGCCCUCUAGAGGCCUCAGGCAGCACGCUGAAGACUCCCGAUGAGUCGACGACCACAGCCCAGCCUGCAGACACUCGCCCCGCCGCCCCCGGGGCUGAUCCACCACUUAGGAAUGGGGCCGAGCCAAGCGACUCAUCUGCCGAGCACGUCGCUCCUCCCCUACAGACGUCUAUUUCCACGUUGGUCCCAGUUGGGGACGGCGCAGACCAGGCUGUUCCAGCGGCGGCAGCAGAGGCAGCAGGGGAGGUCAAGGAGAAGAAAGUUCCACCCGCAACUAAACCCAAACCUGCCUCUUUCCGCUUGCCACAGCACAAAAGAACACCUGGGUAUUAUGUAACCUCUGCAGCGGUGAAGAGUGCCAGCGGCCACAAGGAGGCUGCAGGGGGCCAACCCAAGGAGCCCAGCCCUCAGGCAGUCCAUGAGACAGCAGAGGAGGAAGGGGAGGAGGUGGAGGAGGAGGGUACCCUACCCCCUCCACCGCCCCCACUAGAGCCCGCUGGAGAGGUGGAGCAUGUGGGGGCUUCAGCCAGUGCCCUAGCCCAAUCAGGCCAGAAGCCAGUGGAUGCCAGCCCCAGCCCCAGCCCCAGCCCCAACCCUAGCCCUAGCCCCAGUGGCGGACACCCUGACGCCCAGCUGACGAGGCAGGGCAGUGUGCCCAGUAAGAAUCAACCGCCCUCCCCUGGGCUCAGCCUGGAGAAGUUGCGCAGCUUCACAGCGCCCAAGCCCUACUCCCCGACCUCGCCCUCCCGCUUUGCCCAGGCGGUGUCCUCAGCUGUCAAGAAGACCCGGCCCCUGGGACAGAGGCCUGAGGGGCAAACUACAUGCAAGGUGCCCCUCUACCCCAUCACGGGCCACAGCCCUAUAAGAGAGGUGACAGAGCCCUCUAAAAAUACGGUGACAGACAAUGGGGAGAAAGAGGACAAAUGUCCAGGUGCACGGGGAGCAGAGGGGGCCGUGACCAGCUCCGCCGGUGAGGACGCGGGACCUGCGGACACCCAGAGCGGAGAGCCAGCGCCCACGGAGGACCAGAUCCAUGGAAACGGAGCGCCCCAUGCUCUCCCAGUGUCAGGAGUUCCUCCCUCAAUGACGCUGUUGCAGAGUUCAGGCGAGGCGCGGGCGGCGGCACACGAGGAGUAGAAGGGGGUGGGGUAGGGGGGGUGACAGGUGGAGGGUGGGGUGGGGUGGUUGUCACACGGUUGGCGCACUCCAGUGGCGUCCUGUUGAGUCUUUGGCUCCUGAUGUUAAGAGAUUUAAGUUUGUUUUACUUUUAAACAAUUAAAUAGAUAAUUUCUCAGUAAUUGUAUAACAAGUUGGUGCAUAAUGUAAGAUUGAGAACAGACAACUUGCGGGUUCCUAUGAAUUUUGAAUUCUGUAUGUGUAAACAUUGCAAAAAGGUUUUCUAUUUUAUUAGGUAUUUUUGCCUUUUAAAUUAUUAGUCAUAGAAUAAAGAUGUAAUUAUAUACCAAUGUGAAAAAUGGUACUUCUCAAAAUGUGUCCCUCAGUCCAUUUUUUACUUGUUUGGUUAACUAAGCUGUGCCCUGAAGACACUGGUAUCCAUAUUGCUCGGGAUUUGAAACUGCUGUAAGAUCUUAAGUUGUCAUUCUUCUGUAUAUUAAACUAUCAUAUGAAACAGUG